AUGAUCGACGCGCUCACUUCUUUAGUUGUUUCUAAAAUGGCUGCCAUGGAGGUUGAAACAUUACCUCAUACCUCCCCGAAAUUUAAAACUUCCGACCCUUCUCGGAAACUGAAAAAAAAUCUAGGAAAAGGUCUAAAGGAAGCCGAAAACGAAUGCACAGAUGGGCUCAAAAAUUAUUAUUCUAGUAAAAUUGAUGAACUUCAGUUAAUUGUUAUGGAAAAAAUACGCAAUCUUCGUCGAUUGGAGGCCCAGCGCAACGAACUGAAUGCCAAAGUCCGAAUGCUGCGUGAGGAACUUCAGCUCCUACAAGAACAGGGUUCAUAUGUCGGUGAGGUUAUCAAGCCUAUGGAUAAAAAAAAGGUCUUAGUCAAAGUUCAACCUGAGGGCAAAUUCGUGGUUGACAUCGACAAAAACAUUGAUAUGGCUACAAUCACUCCCAACUGCCGUGUUGCUCUUCGGAACGACAGCUACACUUUGCAUAAAAUACUCCCGAGUAAAGUGGAUCCUCUUGUCUCACUAAUGAUGGUGGAGAAGGUUCCUGAUUCUACUUAUGAGAUGAUAGGAGGUUUGGAUAAGCAAAUUAAGGAAAUCAAAGAGGUCAUUGAACUGCCCGUCAAGCAUCCCGAAUUGUUUGAGUCACUCGGGAUAGCUCAACCGAAGGGAGUUCUUCUAUAUGGUCCACCAGGCACUGGGAAGACUCUUCUGGCACGUGCAGUAGCACAUCACACCGAAUGCACAUUUAUUCGGGUCAGUGGCUCAGAAUUAGUUCAGAAAUUUAUAGGUGAAGGUGCUCGGAUGGUAAGAGAGCUAUUCGUCAUGGCGCGAGAGCACGCUCCUUCCAUUAUAUUUAUGGAUGAGGUAGACUCGAUAGGUUCAACCCGUCUUGAAAGUGGCUCAGGGGGUGAUAGUGAAGUGCAGCGAACAAUGCUGGAGCUUCUUAAUCAGUUAGACGGUUUUGAACCCAAACAAAACAUUAAGGUUAUUAUGGCCACUAACAGAAUCGAUAUACUUGAUUCUGCUUUACUUCGUCCUGGAAGGAUUGAUCGUAAAAUUGAAUUCCCUGCUCCUAAUGAAGAAGCCCGUCUUGAUAUUCUGAAGAUACAUUCUCGCAAAAUGAAUUUGACUAGAGGGAUCGAUUUACGCAAAAUUGCUGAAUUAAUGCCUGGGGCCAGCGGAGCUGAGGUAAAAGGCGUCUGUACGGAAGCCGGAAUGUAUGCCUUACGCGAGCGGCGCGUUCAUGUAACCCAAGAGGAUUUCGAAUUGGCCGUUGCUAAG